AUGGCUGACAUUAAAGCAGAUAACGAGAGCCUCGUUUUUGCGCUACGCACUCUUGGCUUUUAUAUGGAACGCGACCGAUUGGUGCUAGAGGCCAUGUCUCUCAAAGACCAGAAUGUCCGCCUGAAAAAGGCGUUUGACCGAGCAGUGGAAAAUGUUUGUAUAAUGAGCCUGCUGUAUGACGUCAAGGAGUCCAGAGCUGGAAAGCUCAAGCUGUCGAACCGAAGAAAAUGGAGUCGAUGGCAGGAGAAUCGGAACGCUCUAUUCAUUCAAACGAUCAGCGUCAUACAUAUCAUCGACCGCCCAUGCUCGAUGAGCUGCUUCCUGCAGAGGCAGACGGGCCACAUUGGGAAGGGGGGUCUUGGUGAAGACAACAGCGUCAUCUUCGAUGCCAUGGUGAACAUCAUCAAGACGUCGACGAGAGAUAAAGCUGAGGUGUACUACUUCUGGGCCAUGCGUAGAGGAGACUGCCUCGAGAUCGAUCUGCAAGACCUACCUCAUCAAUCGCUUGGCUGGUAA